AUGUCACGGUGCCAUGAUGACGGCAGCAUCGCCAUCUGCAACAUCGCCAUCCAUGCCGGCCGGGAUGGUGGGAGCGGGGAUGGUGGGUCUGGCCGCAUGACAGCUGGCAUGGGCUGGCAGCAGAACCCCAUGAUGACGUCAGCAGAGCAACCCAUGCUGACAUCAUCGGGCAACCUGGUGGCAACUGCCAUGAAGCUUCCUCCUCCGCCUCCUGCAUUUUUAGACGCCACCACGGGUCUGCAGCAGCGCAAUGGGGGGAUGAUGCUGCCUGAUGGAUCGAUGCAGUCAGCAGGGCACAUGGGGAUGAUGACGUCAGCAGGCCAACACAUGAUGACGUCACCUGCUCAUGCUCCUCCUAGACUCACUCAUACCCACUCACUCUCCCCCUCUCUCCCACUCUCCCCUUCACACCCUCUCCCGCCCUCACACCCUCUUUCCCCUUCACACUCUCUCUCCUCCUCUCACCCCGAUGCUCACACUCACUCACUAUCCCCACCGCACCCCCUCUCCACAUCACAGUACACCAUGAUGACGUCACCGUCUCACUCAAUGCUGACGUCAUCCGUGGCAGCAUCAGGCAUGGCUUACCCCUCAGCCAGCAUACCAUACGCAUCCACUGGCGCCUCAUUCUCUCCAGACUCACCCCUCAGAGUCACUUCAGACUAUAAGCCCAUCCUUCCCACAGAUGAAUGUACAUGGAGUAACGGUGUGCAUAUCGCCUCCUCCCCUCAGGGGAGUAACGGUGUGCAUAUCGCCUCCUCCCCUCAGGGGAGUAACGGUGUGCAUAUCGCCUCCUCCCCUCAGGGGAGUAAUGGUGUGCAUAUUGCCUCCUCCUCCCAUCCGUCCUCUCACCUUUCCUCCCAGCCUUCCUCCCCCAUGCAUGCACAUUCAGCUUCUAGCUCCCCCACCGCUUAUGGCACCAUGCAUGCACAUGCCAUCAAUAGCACCAUAGCCAGCGCAGGCAGCAGCAACAACAGGGCCUUUAACAGCAGCAUCCUGGCUAGCGCACCUAACAGUAUGCUGGUUAGUGCUCCCACCAGCAUGACCAUGCUGACGUCAGCGCACCAUGACAUGCCCGCGAUUAUGACGUCAUCGAUGCAGGUUCAGCAGGAUUCGGUGACGUCAGGAGGAUACGGGGGUGGGACGGUGGUGGCGGUGGGGGGUGGAGAGAGGGAGGGGCAGCAGCAGCAGAUUGUGCCUGUUGCUGAAAUGGGUGAGAAGCAGCAGCAGCAGCAGCAGCAGGGGAGGGGGAGGGCAGCAACCACAACCGUCACUAGUAUCAACCCAAUGAUCCCGCCUAGAAUAAUCGCUGCUAUUUACUCGAAAAUACCCGAGGGUAUUUCCCCUGAGCUGCAACAGCAGUGGGUGGAGCAGCAGCAGCAGUCUUACUUGCUGCACCAGCAGCAGAAGCAGCAGCGACGGCAGCAGCAGGAGGAGCAACGGCAGCAGCAGGAGAGGGAAAGGCAGUUACAGGAAGAAAUAAUGCAACAGCGGAGAGCAGAGGAGAGGGAGAGGGAGAGGGAGAGGGAAAUGGAGAGGGAAAGGGAGAGGGAGCGGGAGAGGGAAAUGGAGAGGGAGAGGAGGGAGAGGGAAAGGGAGAGGGAGCGGGAGAGAAGGGAGAGGGAGAGGGAGCGGGAAAGGGAGCAGGAGAGGGAGAGGGAGAGGGAGAGGGAGAUGGAAAGGGAGAGGAAGAGGGAAGCAGAGAGGGAGAGGGAGAGGUGGAGGAAGCAGAUGCAGGAGCAGAAGCCACUAGCAGUGGUGAUGCUGAUGCAGUCCAUGGGAGCACGCAAGAAGAACGAGGGCAGGGAAGGAGGAAGGGCGGGAGGAGGUGGGGGAGCAGCGAUGGGAGCAGACGGAUGGGAUGGAUCUCCUUCUGCCCGUCAACGUGGCCAGUUGCCUGCUGUGCAAGCCUCUGCGGCGCUCCCAGUCCCAGCCACUGGGGCAGCUCGAGGGAAGCGCAGCAGCCCAGGCAAUAGGGAUAUUGCGGACGUGGCAGGCAGGACAUGGCGGCACGCCCACCCCACACACACUGCUGCUGCUGCUGCUUCUGCUGCUGCUGCCACCAGUUCCUUGCCACUCAAGCCUCUGUGGUGCUCCCAGCCGCCGGGGCAGCUCGAGGGAAGCACAGCAGGCCAGGCAGGGAGGAUAUAG